AAGUGUGAUAAAGGAGAGGUGGAUAAGUUUGUGCCGCUCAUUUUAGAAGGCACGCAGAUGGUUUGUAUAUCUACCAACAAUACGAGAACACUGAGUUUAUAUCGCCGCCGGAAUGGGACGGUUUUGGAUAGCGGGGUUGAUCUUUGCUCUUCUUGCGUUCACCGCCGUCAGGGCUGAGGAUGAUCUUGAUAUCGAUGGGGCUGUUGACGAGGACCUUGGGAAGAGCAGAGACGCGUCGAGGACAGACGAUGAGGUGGUCCACAGGGAGGAGGAGGCGAUCCAGCUGGACGGGCUGAACGCUGCGCAGAUCAAAGAGAUCCGGGAGAAGUCGGAGAAGCACGCUUUCCAGGCGGAGGUGAACCGGAUGAUGAAGCUGAUCAUCAACUCUCUGUACAAGAACAAGGAGAUCUUCCUGAGAGAACUCAUCUCGAACGCCUCGGACGCCCUGGAUAAGAUCCGGCUGAUGUCGCUGACGGACGACGCGGCGCUGGGAGACAUGGAAGAGCUGACUGUGAAGAUCAAGGCGGACAAAGCCAACAACCUGCUCCACAUCACCGACACGGGCGUGGGCAUGACCAAGGAGGACCUGGUGAGGAACCUGGGCACCAUCGCCAAGUCGGGCACCAGCGAGUUCCUCACCCAGAUGACCGAGUCGCAGGGGGAGGACCAGUCCUCCUCCGAGCUGAUUGGCCAGUUUGGCGUGGGCUUCUACUCGGCCUUCCUGGUGGCGGACAAGGUGAUCGUGACGUCCAAGAGCAACAACGGCACGCAGCACAUCUGGGAGUCGGACUCCAACGAGUUCUCCAUCGCGGAGGACCCCCGCGGAAAUACGCUGGGCCGGGGCACCACCAUCACGCUGGUGAUGAAAGAGGAGGCGUCAGACUUCCUGGAGCUGGAGACCAUCAAGAACCUUGUGAGGAAGUACUCUCAGUUCAUCAACUUCCCCAUCUACGUGUGGAGCAGCAAGACCGAGACGAUUGAGGAGCCGAUCGAUGAGGAGGCCGAAGCCGAGAAGACGAAGGAGGGAGAUGUGGAGGAGGAUGAGGUGGAUGUGGAGGAAGAGGAGGAGGACAAAGACAAGCCCAAGACCAAGAAGGUGGAGAAGACGGUGUGGGACUGGGAGCUGAUGAACGACAUCAAGCCCAUCUGGCAGAGACAGGCCAAGGAGGUGGAGGAGGAUGAGUACAAGGCCUUCUACAAGACCUUCUCUAGGGACACGGAGGAGCCCCUGGGACACAUCCACUUCACAGCGGAGGGCGAGGUCACCUUCAAGUCCAUCCUCUUUGUGCCGGCCACGGCCCCGCGAGGCCUGUUCGACGAGUAUGGCACCAAGAAGAACGACUUCAUCAAGCUGUUUGUCCGCCGUGUGUUCAUCACAGACGACUUCCAUGACAUGAUGCCCAAGUAUCUGAACUUCGUUAGGGGUGUGGUGGACUCUGACGACCUUCCGUUGAACGUGUCGAGAGAAACACUCCAGCAACACAAGCUGCUGAAGGUCAUUCGCAAGAAGCUGGUGCGCAAGACGCUGGACAUGAUCAAGAAAAUCGCGGAGGAACAUUACAACGAAAAGUUCUGGAAGGAGUUCGGCACCAACAUCAAGCUGGGCGUGAUCGAGGACCACUCCAACCGCACCCGGCUCGCCAAGCUGCUGCGCUUCCAGAGCUCCCACAGUGAGGGUCUCACCAGCCUGGAGGAGUACGUGGAGCGCAUGAAGGAGAAGCAGGACAAGAUCUACUUCAUGUCCGGCACCAGCAAGAAGGAGGCGGAGGCGUCUCCGUUCGUGGAGCGGCUGCUGAAGAAGGGCUACGAGGUGGUGUACCUGACGGAGCCCGUGGACGAGUACUGCGUCCAGGCUCUGCCCGAGUUCGACGGCAAACGCUUCCAGAACGUGGCCAAGGAGGGCGUGAAGUUCGACGAGAGCGAGAAGGCCAAGGAGACGCGGGAGACGCUGGAGAAGGAGUACGAGCCUCUCACCACCUGGAUGAAGGAGAAGGCUCUUAAGGACAUGAUUGAGAAGGCGGUGCUGUCCCAGCGACUGACCCGGUCUCCCUGUGCCCUGGUGGCCAGUCAGUACGGCUGGUCAGGAAACAUGGAGCGCAUCAUGAAGUCCCAGGCCUACCAGACAGGCAAAGACAUCUCCACCAACUACUAUGCAAACCAGAAGAAGACUCUAGAAAUCAACCCCAAACACCCUCUCAUCAAGGAAAUGCUCAAGAGAGUAGCGAGCGACCCAGACGACCAGACGUCCUCCGACCUGGCGGUGGUGCUGUUCGAGACGGCCACGCUGCGCUCGGGCUUCCAGCUGGCCGACACCAAGGCCUACGGGGACAGGAUCGAGCGCAUGCUGCGUCUCAGCAUGAACGUGGACGUGGACGAAAAGGUUGAAGAGGAGGUGGAGGAGGAGCCUGAAGAGGAGCAGGCUGAGGAAGAGGAGGGUGCGGAGGAGGACGUGGAGGAAAUUAAAGAUGAAGAGGAAGAAGUGGAUCAGAGUGCGAAGAUAGAGCUGUGAGAGGAGCCGGACUAACCUGGUCAGGGUGUGGGGGAUCAGGGAUCGGGGGGGGGGGGGGGGGCGCUAUUUCAGGGAUUAAUAUAUAAAGACACUUUAGUAGGGUUCAUCUGUGUUGUUUCUUUUUGCAUUCAACAUGACUGUAAAUUUGUUAAUAUUUAACUGAGCAGUUAUGGAGCGUUGCGCUUCCUUUCAUGAGGGCCAUUAAAUGUGUUUGUAAGGAA